CGUAUUUUAUUGUUUUUGAUUAAAUGACGCGCGUGAAGCAUGAACGUGACGCAAACGUCCAUAAAUGUCAAACGAAGGAGAGAAUCGCCCAAGCCCCAAAAGAACGCAGAAUACAUAAAAAUAACAAAUUUCAAAUUGUUGCGCAGUGAAGCGCACCUUGUUUACGUUCUGUUAGUCAGUUUGUUUUAUUCGCUGCUAUAGCAAGUUGUAUGGGUGUUCUAUAUUUAAACUUUAAUUCAAUUAAACUACAGUGCUUGUAGAGCUACAGUAAUUACUUAAGCGAGCUGGUGCUUUUAAACAAUCUUAAAUUACAAUAAGGUUAUAUUAUGGCUACCUUAGAUGAUAAAUUACUCGGCGAGAAGCUUCAUAAUUAUUGCAGCAGUAGCGAAGGCGAAGAUUCGGAUGACGAUGAAAGAAGUGGUGACGAAGAAGGUGAAACUUCUUACAAGUCAACCGAACAAGCAAAUGAACCACCGCCUAUUAACAAUUGGAAUGGAUCGGCUAGCAAUACUGGCCCAAAGGGUGUUUUGGAAGACUGGCGUAGAUAUAAACAACUGGAAGCAGAAAAUCGCAAAGAAAUGGAAAUUGAGCGCAUCGCUCUCGCAAAAAAAUUAACAUUAUCUGCAAAAACUGACAGGGAAGAACAACAGGCUAAAGAAAGAGAAGAAAUGGAAGAUGAACUUAGUGAACUUUUAGAUGAAGAAUUCUUAAUGAAAUAUCACCAACAACGAAUGCAAGAGUUGAUGUCUCAAUUACAAAAGUGUCCCAAGUUUGGUCAAGUAAAAACAUUAGCAAAUAAGGAUGAGUUUUUGAACGCCAUUGACAAAGAAGAUGCCAAAGUUACAGUUAUUGUUCACAUUUUUAAUCGGAAAGCAAAAGCGUGUACAACUAUGGAUGGCUGUCUGAAUGUUUUAGCGGAGGAUUAUCCUGCUAUAAAAUUUUGUCGCAUAGAAGCGGAUGUUGCUGGUUUAAGCAAGCAUUUUCGUGUUGAUGGAGUUCCUGCUCUUUUAGUGUACAAAGGUGGGCAGAUUGUUGGUAAUUUUGUACAACUGGCAACUGAGCUUGGCAAUGAUUUCUAUGCCACUGAUGUCCAAAGAUUUCUCAUCGAAUAUGGACUGCUGCCUGAAAAUUAAUUUUUACCUCUUGAUAUCAUAUACUCAAGAGUUUUUAUUUAUUAUAUAAAAGUCUCUUAGUUAAGAUUUCUCUUGAUAACCCUACAAGGAACUCCCUUACUUAAAUGGGUUAAGCAUUUAGUGUUCAUUUUUUACCUCAUAUGUUUAAUUCUUUGAGGUGGAUUUUUAAAUUAAGAUACAAAAAAAAAAUCUAGUUAUAAAUAUAGAUUAGUUUACAAACCGAUAAUUUCUGUGCUUUCUAAUGGUAAAAGAAUUUUUUGGAUGAAUACAAAUCUAAUACUAUUAGUAAAGACAAGUGUUAACUUUUAAGAAAUGUAUUGAAAAAGUGUAGUGUAGAAUUUUUUUAUAUUUAAAGUAUAAGCACAGUUUCAUG